AUGAGCGCCACCAAUGCAGAGAAACCCUCUGGCCCAGCUUCGGUAGAUGGAGAGGAAGCAACAGAGCUUCAUUCGGAAGAUCUUGCCCAGAUCGAUCAAGAGGCUGCAAAACGAGACGCGGCAGACAAAAGCUAUCCACCUGGUCGUUCCAAGCGGCCAUCCGAGAAUGUCACCGCCAGUUCCUCGAAGAGGUCGAGACACGACCAGGAUGCAUCGAGAAUAACGAGAAUGAGGACGACCCUGAGGCCGCAUCUAAACAAGCCGUAUUCUGUAUGCGACGAGAACGGCAAAGAGCGACGAAGCAAGGUCGUGGCGGAGAUCGCUGAGUUCUGGAAGAAUGACUACAAGACUUGGCCAAUAGUGCUAGCAAGCGGCAACAGAAGCUCCGAAAUUUCUGCACCUCGAGAUUGGGGAUAUGAGCUUCUCAAAAAGGUGUUGCUUCUGGCCCAACAGGCACAUCAGCUCGGCACAGAUGUGGCCAGCUUACAAAGCCGACUGGAACAAGCUUCCAAAGAUCGAAAGCAAAGGACAAACGCGAGCUCGGAUUGCGUAUUGCCUGUUGAUGUACAAGAAGUCAUCAACCGCUUAUCGAGCAACAGCCGACUUCAAGACGAAUCAACAUUUGACGGCCGCUCCCCGACAAUCGCAAGAACAGAGAUUGGCCGUGAUGGUGAUUCGGAAAAUGUUUCGAACAGACCUCUCGGUGAGGUUAUGAUGCAUAAUGCAGACGCCGGCGACUUAGGUGAGGAAACCGUCCAACCGCUUGAGGAAGAGCUCUACUCGACGACUCCGCAGCCGACUCGGCCCAUGGCCCAAGCCAUUACGUCUGUUGCUGAUCGCGGAACCCUACAAACAGUGCCUUUGACGGACCUCAUUCCCUAUAUGGAUGCCAGAGAGAUUGAACAGCUUGCAACGCGGCUUUUCAGCCUCGCAGAAGCACGUAAGCGGUAUGAAGGUGAAAUUGCUAGUCUGGUUAGGGACUAA